AUGAACUGCGUAUGGCUUAUCUGGAAAGAAAUUUUCGAUUUGAAAAAUGUUUCAAGUGAUAUUUGGACAAAAUUUGGUUUACCAGCGCGAAGAAUUGCUAAAAAUCGAAACCGAUAUGAAACUAUACCAAAUUAUUCAUCAUGUAAUAAAUGUUUUCAAACAUAUCGAUUUUUGGACUCAAAUACUAGUAGUAUACGAGAUCAUAAAUGUCCAAAAGAUAUUUCCAGUACUCAAAUGCAAUUAAAAUCAUUUUUUACAUCAUCACCAACAGCAUCAUCAUCGUCACCACCUUCACGCUCAACACUUAUAUCAAAAGUUAUAAAAGAAAAAAAAGAAAUUAUUAAAAAAUUAUUUGUUCGUUGGGUAGUUCGUGGCAUGAGACCCUUUCAAAUAAUAUCUGAUUCAGGCUUGCAGGCCAUACUACAAGAAUGUUUAGAUAUUGGUUUAUGUAUUUUUGUUGUGCUACUCUGUAUAUUUUUUGUACUCCUGCAUUUUUGUAUCUGCUUCCAAUAUGUCAAAUAAAUGAUGGGGUCAAAGAAAUACAAAUAUCUUAUAAACAUGUAAGAAGUGAUGCAGCGACAAAACCAAACCCGGGGUGGGGUGAGGCGAGGCGAGGGACAACUUUCACGGGGUGGGGUGGAACGAGACAGGAUCAGGAGAAACUCACACGGGGCGGGACGAGGCGGGGAGUAAGGGACACGGGGCUGAGCUGGACGAGGCGAAGAAAAAAAUUGAAGACGGGGGCGAGGCGAGGGAGGUUAGCGGAAAAAGAACUUUAAGCUCGGAGCGAGGCGACGCGGGGUAGCUAAAAUUCAUCCCGUUUCGGCCUCUGAUCAGAAGGUGAAGAUAAUGUUCGACUCAAUACUCCGAUAUAUAGCAAUCAAUUGAGGGCAGAUCAGGGCUUGCGAUCAGGGUCUAUCAUGACUUGCAUGCAUUCAAAAAUUAGCUCAGUAUCAAUUAAAUUCGAACCACUUUAGGGAGGCCGUUACUUUUGUCCAGUACUGUAUUAUAAUGUUUGCAUAUACCCUAAAAAUACAUAACUUACAAAUCGAAAAUUUCUUUCCAGAUAAGCCAUACGCAGUUCAUAAUUCAAAUUCGUUAGUUUCUCGACAGAAGCUUUCUUUUGAUCCGAAUAUAGUCAAUCUUUUCCCUCAACAGCUCACACCCCUCUAUCGUAAGAUGUUUUAAAUGUUUCGCAUCUAUGCUUAUAUUUGCCUAACCGUGUCACCCUUCGCUGUAUAUAGUCUAUGGGCGAAAACCUCAUUCACAAUCAUUAGACAGUCUCCGGUGGGACUCCCGAAUGGUUGGAAAUGAAUAACAUAACUACGAAUGAGAUCUUUUGGUCAUUGACCACAUUUGUAUUGAAACUUUGCAUUUGUUAGCCUCUUAACAUAUCCGAAACAUCAUACAUGUAAACUCAAGUAGCCUAGGCUAGUAAUUAUGACUUCACCAUAACAUAGCAUAAGAGGAGUAUGUCAACGAAAGCGAUCGUUUACGACAAAGCACGUUAAUAAACGGUGAACGUCUGGUUAACGUUUUCCAGUUGACAUAUAUGAUGACUGUAAACAACAACCGUUCACGGUUGCCGUUUUUCAUCGAGAUUCACUAGGCCACGACCGUUUACGAUCGUGCAAGAUCGAACUUAAUGAAAAAUGAAUGCUUCUGUCGUUGUUUUGAGACUUUGAACACUUUCUCAAUGAAAGAAGUACCUGUAUGGGUAGCCAAUGAUCGAAAACUAGGUUUUUUUAACUCACAGUCAGGAAUGUGAGUUAUGACUGAAGAACAUACAGUUUUCGAGGAUUUAAUGCCUGUUUUUGCGCGAUUAAACAUAUUCUGAAAAGAUUUUCGCUGCCUAUGGAAAUAUCUCAUUGGUUCAAAUGAAGGAUAAACUACAAUAAAUUGAAAAUGUCUGAUAAGCAUCACGUCGAGAGUCUGAUACCCUUUACUUCGCUUGCUACAAUGAUUAAGAGAACUUUUGUCUGGCAUUUUUAACCAAUAGUUUCAGGGCAGUUCUUUUUUAUAUAAAUAAGUGACAAAUAGUCUGUGCGAAAAGUGAUUUAAUAAAAUUAGCAUUACUAGUUCGUUUGAUGUGAGAACCAAAUUAUUCAUGAUAAAACAAUGCUGAUGAAAUCAUUAUUGGACAAUCAGUCAACAAAAUUGUUUUCCUCGGAAGAAGACGAAGACGAAAGUGAAGCGAAGAAAACAGUGGACACCCUUACCUGUGCAAAUGUGUUUCACUUAUGUUGCUCUCGCUUGUCAACCAUCCGCUUCAUACAAUUUAUUAAUGUUUCGAUUUUUUUUCUUUUUUCUUUAUGUCUCAAUAGAAAAAAAUGUCAGUUGUUGUAGUCACUCACCAGAAAUGAAAAAAACACCCUUCUGUGAAAAUCACACUGCCUUAACAUCUAAGGUACCGUCAGGUUGAGAGCUCAUGUAAGCAACUAUUGCAAAAAAAAAACUAUCUUGGGUGUGGGUGUGGGUGUGUGGGUGGG